AUUUUAAUUUCCUGUUAUAAGCUGUUGCCACAGUAUAUGCCUUGAGCUCUUAUUUUGAAGGCUGAAGAGAGAGCGGAAGUGCUGUACGCAGUGUUGUUGCUGUGGAGUUCUGUUGGGGGAAGAAUCCAAAUAAAGUGGUCCUCGUGUGAAAGUGGAACCUCCGUAUUUGUUAUUUUAUAGUUUCAUACAGUAUAGGCGACAUCUACAAACCCUCGGUUACACUGUCAACUUUUACUUAAUAAGACGUUUCAACGCUUUCUGCCCCGAAAAGGAUUUUAACGACCUUUACAACUGGGAUGGCGGGAGGAGGGCACCUUUAGACGACGUUUAUAUAUAUAUAUAUAUAUAUAUAUAAAUGAAAAAAUCAUUAUCUCGGGAAAGGAACGUAAGCAGGGGUCCUGCACCAUGAGGUGACAUUUGUGCUGUCUGUAUUCUGAACUUGGGACACAUGGCAAGGAUCAGUUUGUCCUGUUUGCCGACCUCUUGGUACUGCAGCGUGUCCCUGUUGUCUCUUGGCUGCUCCCCCAGGCAGAGGCUUCUCCUACUGCUGUUGUUAACCUGCUCGGCCCUCCUCCUGACAGGCCUCUACCAGAACCAGCCCUGGGGCCUGCAGCACCGCUCGGGGGGACGAGUCAACAAGUACCUCUCCAUAGCGGAGUCCAUGGAGGCUACGAACAUUCUCAACCCCACUUUGAACUAUGGGAUUGUGGUGGACUGCGGCAGCAGCGGCUCACGAGUGUUCGUCUACUACUGGCCACCUCACAACGGAAACCCCCACACGCUGCUGGACAUCAGACAGAUGAGGGACCAUGACCGCAAACCAGUGGUGAAAAAGAUAAAACCAGGUAUCUCCACCCUGGCCCAAACACCAGCCCAGGUCAGUGACUACCUAAACCCUCUGUUGAGCUUUGCUGCAGCACACGUCCCCAAGGCCAAACACAAGGAGACACCUCUCUACAUCCUCUGUACAGCAGGCAUGAGGCUGCUGUCGGAAAGCCAGCAGGCUGCUAUCCUUGAAGACCUGGUCACCAAUGUUCCCCUGGAAUUUGACUUCCUCUUCUCCCACUCACAUGCUGAGGUCAUCUCUGGCAAACAAGAAGGAGUGUAUGCAUGGAUUGGCAUUAACUUUGUGCUGGGGCGCUUUGACCAUGCAGACGAGGGGGAGGACGCUGUGGUUGAAGUUACUACAGGAUCGCAGAACAAGAGGCCGAUCAGCCGGCGGCGCACGGUGGGCAUCAUGGAUAUGGGUGGUGCUUCGCUGCAGAUAGCUUAUGAGGUGCCCAGCGCAGUCACCUUCAGCUCACCACAACAGGAGGAGGCGGGGAAGAGUCUGCUGGCGGAGUUUAACCUGGGCUGUGAUGUGGAACAUACAGAGCACGUCUACCGCGUCUAUGUCACCACUUUCCUAGGCUUUGGAGGAAACAUGGCCCGGCAGCGCUACGAAGACCAGCUGGUCAACAGCACGCUGACCAGCAACAGCUUGCUCGGCGACAAGACUGGUGUGAGUGAGGACAAGCCUUAUCUGGACCCAUGCCUUCCCUCAGGCCUUUCGGACACAGUGAUGCGAGACGGCUGGACCUUGUACCUGAAAGGCCUGGGGGACUGGGGACGAUGCCAGGAGGUAGUCCGCCCCUUCCUCAACCUUCACAAUGGAACUAUGUCGCCAAGGGGCAUCUACCAGGCUCCCAUCGACUUCAGCAACAGUGAAUUUUAUGGUUUCUCUGAGUUCUACUAUUGUAUGGAAGAUGUGCUGAGGAUAGGAGGGCAAUACAACAGCCACAAGUACUCUCGCACUGCCACGGAGUACUGCGCCACCAAGUGGUCAAAGCUGAAACAGCGUCUGGAUAAUAAGCUCUUCUCUCAGCAGGCUGACGUCAACAGACUCAAGUACCAGUGUUUCAAGUCAGCCUGGAUGUAUGAGGUGUUGCACUCAGGCUUCCGUUUCCCCAGGGACUACCCCAGCCUGAGGACGGCCCAGCUGGUCUAUGACAAGGAGGUCCAGUGGACCCUGGGGGCCAUCCUCUUCAAGACUCGGUUCCUGCCACUCAGGGACCUACAGCAGGAAGCCUUUCGCCAAAGCCACCCAGGCUGGCUGCGCUCCUCCUUUGUCUACAACCACCACCUGUUCUCCCUCUGCAUCCUGGUGGUGCUGCUGGCCAUCCUGCUCUAUAUCCUGCGCCUGCGGAGGAUCCAUCAGAGGGAGCAGCGCCAGGUGGAGACCCUGGACCUCCUCUGGGCUGAGGAGGGAGAGGCCCUCAUCCCCUGAGAGGGCCUCUUUGCUUUGGGCCACCAACGACAUCCAUGAUAGGAUGGCAUAAAACCUGAUGAGUCCCGAUGACACUCCCCCCCACACCCAAUGCCUUCACCACCCUUUUCACCCCGUGACACCUAAACUUGUUUCUGUACAGUGCCACGCUUUAGUUAAAUUGCAGCAGUGGUGGUGGGGUUUGAGUAAAAAGCCUUUAAGUCUUCGUUGCCGAGUUGGAAGAGGGCUUCAGGUGCUGAUGUCAUUAGCAAGGAGGAAUUUAUGUGGGAAUUAUGGGCUUAGUGAAGACUUUGUAGACUGCUUAACAACCAUUCAUGAAGAGCUGCAGGAUUUAUGCAAAGAAAAAAAAAGUCUGUACUGGAUCUUUUCCAGGAGCAAUAUGCAAAUAACAGAUUGAGACAUAGGAGAUGACUCUGUCAGGAUUUGCAUCUUUUCCAAGGAUAAUUGGAAAAACAUUAAAAGCCUGCCUUUCAGAGAGGGAAGCUGUUUUUGGUCAACAGGCCCACUGUCUGGUAAACCCUGAAAUUCGCCAGCCAAGCCCCUUUUAACAGUUUUUAAACAAGACAACCGGGUUUUUACAGAAGAAAAAAGUGCUUCAAAAUGAUCAUUAAUCACCUGCCAAAGUUUCCCGGUCGAGCAGGUAGCUGAUUCAUACUCAGCCGUUAUUUCCACCCUGGUCCCUCAUGCUUCAGAGUUCAUUACUAGUGCACUCACAUUCCUUUACCUCGAGUCCUUUUUGGUACCACAUCCAAACCUGACGCUCAUAGAAACACUGUGACUGACUAUUCCUCUACACAAGGAGACACGGUGACAAUGUUCCCCACUGUUAUGUUAUUGAUUCAGGGAAUUGCAUCCUUCCUUUCAAACAAAGGACGCCGGUCUGAAGAAGCCAUUGUUCUAUAGGCAAAGGAUUUCACCUUCCGGCUAAAUUUAAAACAAAAACCAAAAUACACAUUGAAUUCUCCGGUCUUCCCAUUCGUCUCAUCAAAAACAAUGACGAAGAAACAGACCACCGAAGGGCCGUCGUCGUUUCAGGGCUUGCGGUUUACUUCCGGUUCCAUUUUUUCCACUUAUGGCGAAAAUAAAUACAGUUUCUGGUUACCGUUUACAAAUCGUUUCUUCCUUUACAUAUGUGAAAACAGUACAUUAGAAAUACCACAGGAAGAAUCCCUCAUACGUUUCAUUAUCACAUU